CAUUCACUCAGGUACAUGUCACGUGGCGACAAAUCGGGCAUCCGUCAUUCCCCAACUUCCGGCUUCACUCUGUCCCACAUAACAUGCCGCCUUGCCAGCAAUUCAGCCACCGUGGUCGGAAGAAUGCGGUGGCCGCACGAAGAUUAAGCCGCACCUUUUCUAGUUAUAAACCCCUCACCUAUAUGGUCGCAUCCCACCUCCCUCGCCCACUCACCGUAUACACAACAUCAUACACAACACCACGUCUUUGAAUCGUGACUUUGAAAAAUAACCACAGUCAUGUCCUUCUCCUCCCGCCACAUCCCUGCUCUAGUGGUGUGCUUUGGUGUCGGCGCCGGUGGCACCAUGCCUAUGUUUGACGCUGCCUUCGCAUUAUCAACCUUUGGGUUCCCCAAGCGCGUCGCCUCCUCCCAGCCUGCACAAGCAGUGUCGAUCAUUAAUGGUGGGCGGAACGUAGCCCUGGGAAUAGCGCUAGGUACGCUAUAUUUGCGCGGCAUGCUAGAUGCAGUGGACGUUGUUUUAGGGUGUUGGGGCCUUACGGGGCUUGUGGAUGGGUGGGUGUUGUGGCAGGAGGGGGUGAGGGGGAAGGCUGUGUUCAGAAGCGUUUUCGGGACGAUGGUUGGGGCGUACGGAUGGCUAGGGCUGACAGCUGGGAGGGGUUGAAUGGUCUAUCAAGUGAUUUUCUUUCUGAUUUGAUGCUAUAAAUCACGCCUCUCGUUAUAUACUGUAUGUAUCAAGGGACAACUCCCCUCACCAAACUGCAAUUCAACUGGCCUUCUCUACUCUGACAUGCCUCCACUAUUUUUGCACAAUUCUCAAUUUUGGAUAUUAUGCAAAAACAGCCGCCAGUACUUGAAAAGAAAAAGGAACAUCCUUGUUGAGGCUCUUGUGCACACAUCUCCUGGCAGCAAGGCGCAGUCACAAUCAUCACACAGGAUUUUGUUAUGACUCGUACGGGGAGUAAAUUUGUACAUACAGCCUUGGGAUAAUAAUGCGGCCUUGUCAGGAGCCUAAAUCUUGGCAAGGGUCAGCUGCAGGCGGCGCAGCGCAAUCUCAACUGCGGCUAAUAUUAGUUGUAGCGCUAUACGGGCUGCCAAGUCCAAACUAUUCCCCCAGGACCAAAAAAAUGCGAAUCGACAAUCAACACCCGUGUGUGUGUAUGGCCCUUUAUUUGUGCAGCAGCGCUAGUUGGUGCCGCCAGCCGCUGUAUUAGGUGUCAAAGCAUGCGGAAAUAGGUCCGGGGAUACCGAAAUAGGAACGAAUGCAAGGUUUGCAAUCCUAAGCCAAGACUUCAGCACUUCAGCCAAGGCUUCAGUAGGCUGAAGGCAUGAAUGUAAGAUUAGUUCUCCGUAUAUAUAGGGUAGCAAGUGCCGCG